UCAGUCCACCCUUGUUACGUGUGGAAGCUCAAGGACAUUCAAUCUUCAUUGACAUUCAUCACAAGAUAGAAGGACAGAAAUUUGUUGUAGUCCUUUUUAAGAACAGCUCUGGUGAAGAAUCAAAGGUUGGUUAGGCUCAGUUGAACCUGUAUUUGCAAUUGAACCCAUGCCUUUUUGCAGUUGUUAAAAUUGCCAAUGAACCAGCAUAGGUGUGUAUUCUACCAGGUGAACUGGAUAACAGGCUUACCUGAAGGCUACCAUAAAAUUGCCGACGUUUCACAAGGACGGUACUGCAUAAGAGCUGGUGUUUAUAACUCCCAGAGGGAUCACCAACCUGUGGAGAAGUGUGUGGUCCUCCGUAAAGCAGAAACUGGGAUCUCGCUGGGAAAGAUGAUUGCUCUGUAUGGACCUCUUAGUCUCACUGUUGGAUUGGUCCUAAUCGUGGUGUUGGCCUACCUCUACCUCAAACCUAAGCAUGUCAAACCUCCAAAUGUUCUGCAGAGCAUUGCCGCUCAGAAACCAAACGUACUGGAGAGCAGCAGCCCUGACACUUGCACAAUGAUGAUAGUCUCACACCAGACGUUGGGAUGUAAAGGUGACGAAGUGCUAAAACAUGAAGACAAAAACAAUACAUUACUGGCCACUGGGCACAAAAACAGUUCUACCUCCACCAGGGAAACCAACUCCCUUCACAGUAAAGUGUCAAUCCGUUUGGCCUCUGAUGUUGAUGAAGAUGUCGAUGAUGAAGAAGAUGAUGGUGCUGCUGAUGGUCACCACACAGGUGCUACUCAUAACUCUGCUGGAUACGAGCUGGCACCAGACUGCAGCGAUGAAGAUGAUACCGGAUUAGAAGGAGAAAAUGGCGUCUCAAGUGUUUAUAUGGAGAGAGUAAUGGUUGGCGCUCAGUGGCAAGUCCAUGUCCAACAAUCAAACUCUUCCAGAGAUGGGUUGACUAUAGGGACAUGUACUGCAGUUCCCAUUGAAGAGGACACCAGACAUCAGCGAUGA